ACUGUUUGCUCGAGGCAUCAGCUGUCUUUCUGUAGCUAAAGUUGUGUCUGAUUUACAAUUCUUAGCAACUAUGCUGCUUUGUAACAUUUUCCUCCCUGUCAUUUCUUUCUUAAAGUACAUUUUUGUUUUGACUUCCUGUUUUCCCUCUACCGUUGGCUCUUCAUUCUCAGAUUUCUUUCUGGGCACAUCUUCAUCCUUUGGUCCUGUGAACUUUAGUGUUUCCCGGAGUUUUUCUCCUUGGCUCCUUUGUUUCUCACUCUACACAAGCUAUGAUACUGUUUCUGUGGGCUUCAUUCCUGUCUGAAUGGUGGUGAUUUUCCUGUAUUUCUCUCCAGCCUAACUCUCUACUGAGCCAUGGAUCUGUCUACUGCUUGGUUCAUGCAAUAUAUAAAUAUUUAUUGAGUUGCUGUUGUGUGCCUGCCAUUGUUCAAAGUACUUGGGAUAGAAAUCUGAGCAGGACAUUGUAUUGUCUUGGAGGAUGACAGAUGGCAAGCACAUCAGUAAUUCCAGACAGCCCUGACCACUGUGAUGAAGACACAGGCUGUCCCCAGAGAGGCUGAUGGGGGUUCAGAGGUCACAGAAGGGAGUUAUUGGACAGGCAUCUGGGAAGCCUUUCUGCAGAAGUGCUAUUUGAAGCAGCAAUGUGCACAUCUGAGGCUAUUCUUCGCCCUCACUGGGUGUCAGAGUCAUCUGUGGACCUCUAAAAAAGCCUUAAACCUAACCUUCACCUCCAAUAUUGUACUUUUUAAAAGCUUCCCAGGCUGUGAUGUUAGUGCACCGUGAUAGUGAAACCACUAGCAAGAGGCAGAGAGAGCUAGAGUCCAAGGUCUCACUUGAGAGUUACAGACUUCAUGAAGAACUAUGCCAUUUUUGGGUCAAGACUGGAGGUCUCCUGGAUGGAGUUGGAUUAAAACAGAAGAUGGCUGGAAGAGAUGCGAGUCCUGCAGUCAGGAACUUGGAAGAGAGAGUAACCAGUGUGACAUCAGUCACAGCAUUAUCUUAAAUAGUGAAGAUGAAGGAAUAUUCAACGAUGAGGACCGAGAAUAUGCAUCCAAAAAAAGGAAAAAAGACCAUUUUAGAAAUAACACAAAUGCUCAAAGUUUUUAUCGUGAAAAAUGGAUCUAUGUCCAUAAAGAAAGCACAAAAGAAAGGCAUGGCUAUUGCACCUUGGGAGAAGCCUUUAAUCGGUUAGAUUUCUCAAGUGCAAUUCAGGAUAUCCGAAGGUUCAAUUAUGUGGUCAAACUGUUGCAGCUCAUUGCAAAAUCCCAGUUAACUUCACUGAGUGGUGUGGCACAAAAGAAUUACUUCAACAUUUUGGAUAAAAUUGUUCAAAAGGUUUUGUUUUUGUUUAUUCCAGUCCUUGAUGACCACCACAAUCCUCGCCUGAUCAAAGAUCUUCUCCAAGACCUUAGCUCUACCCUCUGUAUCCUUAUUAGAGGAGUGGGGAAGUCUGUGUUGGUGGGAAACAUCAACAUUUGGAUUUGUCGAUUGGAAACUAUUCUCACCUGGCAACAGCAGCUGCAGAAUCUUCAGAUGACUAAGCACGUGGACAGUGGGCUCACACUCAGCGACCUCCCUCUGCACAUGCUGAACAACAUCCUGUACCGCUUCUCAGAUGGCUGGGACAUCGUCACUCUGGGCCAAGUGACCCCCACCCUGUACAUGCUCAGCGAGGACAGGCAGCUGUGGAAGAGGCUGUGUCAGUACCACUUUGCCGAAAAGCAGUUUUGUAGACAUUUGAUCCUUUCAGAAAAAGGUCAUGUCGAAUGGAAGUUGAUGUAUUUUGCACUUCAGAAAUACUACCCCACUAAAGAACAGUAUGGAGACACUUUACAUUUUUGUCGGCACUGCAGCAUUCUCUUUUGGAAGGAUUAUCAUCUUGCCUUACUAUUCAAGGACUCGGGACACCCCUGCACCGCAGCUGACCCCAACAGCUGCUUCACGCCUGUGUCCCCGCAGCAUUUCAUCGACCUUUUCAAGUUCUGAAGGCUGCCUCACCCACCUGUCCUGCUGUCCCAGAGGCGUCCUGGUCCUUGUGUACAUUCGUUUUUGGAGUUCAGUGGCCCAGGCAGAACCAGUAAUUUCUACUUAUCUAUGUAAAAACAUUUCUUCUGAGCAUCUUAGGAUUUGCAGUUUUGCGUAUUUGUAUAUAUGGUUUUAAAAAGAUUUUGGAUUUUCAGCCCUGUAAUCUGUGCUGAACUGACACAGAAAGCCUUCUAGAAUGUGCUUCUUAAUCGUCAAAUUAUAGUUUCCCCAUUUUAUAGUACUUGGGAUGGAGGAUAAAACAGUCGAUCCUUGUAAAUACAUUGUGCAGAAUAUUUAUUUUUUCUUAAAACAUAUUUUAACAGCUGCAUUGCUGUGCCAAAAUGUGUCCUCUCUGAACACAGAAUCAACCUAGGGAAAUACCAGCACAUCCCACUGGUGGUGGGUCAAUUGUGAAUUAUUCACUGUGCCUCAUACAGGGUGGUGGCCUUGUGGCCUUGCUCCUGAAUACCCGAGGACAGGUGUGGGCAGGAAGCCUGCUGUGGGGCCAGUGUGAACUCCUGCUGGACUGUGCUGGCACCAAACUGGGAAGGAGUCAUGCCAAGACUGAGUUGGAACAGCCCAUGGGGGUCCGAACUCCUUUCAUGGUCACAUUUAUCUAAUUUAUCUUCAUCAGUUUUGCAUUCUAUUGAAAAACAUAGUGAUUUUGAUUUAAUUCAAAUCUUUAAAAGGUUGUUUUAUUUUUAAAAUAAUGUGUGUCCACUUUUGAAAAUAAAGGUAUAUGAAAGAAAAUAAAAAUCACCCACAGUCUUACUGCCCACGCCCAGAAGGGUAGGACACGGAUCCUCAGCAGCCAGGAGCGGAAAUGUGAGAUGACAUUUCAUCUUCAGUAGGUUCAGGGGACCCGAGCAAAUCAUUUCUACUUCCUUUAAUUAUUUUUUCUGGUAAGUGUAUUAAAAUUUGUAAUUUUAUGUAUUUAUAAAUGCAAAUCAAAGGAUUUUCAAUGUUCAGCCCCACAUUCUGUGCUGAAUGGCAUGAAUGGCCAAGAAUAGGCUCUUUUUUUGUCAAAUUAGUUUCCCUUCAGGUGUGACACUGACACUGGGUCCUCUGUCACGUCCACAGGAGUGUGAGUUUUCAUGCCGUGUGCCAUUUUCAUUUCAUAACUAGCCCCUUUGUUAGAGGCAUUUGCCUGUAUUUUAAAUAUUACUUGAAAACAGGUUUUUUUUGGUUUGUUUUUUUUUUAACAUGGCUGUUAUUGGCUGUGUAGCUUCAUCUUGGUGAAACAAACCACAUCAUCACAGCACUAGGGCAGCUUCUGACCUUGGUCGCUAACCUCAGUGAUUCUGUGAUAAGCUUUACUGUACGUGAAGGUGCAUGUGAGACUCCUUACAGUAACCCAGAAGGACCAACAUGAUGAGCCAGACAUUUGAGUAAGGCUUUUAACAUAUAUUUCCAGAUUGCUAGUGAGAAAAGAAAUUGUUAUUAUCUGUCUAAGAAAGAGAAUAUAUUACAUUUCCAUUAUCCCUGAAGCACGGUCAUUAUUUCUUUUCUUGUUGGUGCUAUUUUAAUAUUUGACAAAUGGGAUGUGUGCUUUAUUGUGAGGUUGAACAUUUCUAUAUAUUUACUGGCCGUUUGUUUUGUUUCUGGUAAAUUAAUGUGUAUUCUUUGCCUGUUUUUCUUUGGGGUGUUGGUGUUUUUCAUAUGAAUUUCUUCUUAAAAGAACACCAACCCUUUGAAGUGGUGGAUCUUUCCCCCAGGUGGUCAUAUACUUUUUAAUUGUUGGGAUGCUAGUCAGCUGUGCUCUGUAAUCAUACAUAUGUGCAUUUAACAUGUAUAAAUUAAGCAAUACCUGUUCAGAAAAAAUACUAAUAUUCAUGAUAUUGAGGGGAGGAUUCCAGUAAUUACACGUGGUUAGUGUAUUUACACAGGCAGCUAGCCCAAACUGUUUUGAGCACAUUGGCACUGCUGAGGCAGGUGUGCCCCAGGAGCUUGGCAGGUGGGCAAGGCGCCCCUCACACUGGAGGGUUCUUGGAGGAUGUAGACAAAGACAGAAUAAAGAGAAUUUUGAUCAGUUAUUUAUGGUAGACAGCACCAGAGAUAAGAGGACUCUGAGUUUACACACCUGGAUGGUAUAUUUGCAUGCAAAUUCUAUGAGAGGGUCUGCCAAAAGUAGGGGAUACCACUCCUUGCUGGAUUAAACUACAAUUUUGAUGUAUUUCUUUGCAACAAAAUAGAGACUUCAGGAUACCCAGAGCCUGAGAACAGGCAGUAAGUUUUACACACCCUUUGAUCCUGACAGAGGUGACCCCAGGCUGUCUUGGAAUGGAGUCUGCAGACGUUCACUGACUCCAGUUUCAGUCCCACUUCCCAGAAGCUGGUGUUGACAGCCGUAACCUCCCUUUGCAUAUUUUGAGAGUUGAAAGGCACAUUUCUCACCUAAUCUGUGAACCAGAAAAAUCAGAAAGACUAGCAGAUGUGUCUCAAUAGCAGGUCACGGGCAGCUCUUUAGAGGUUUACCCCCAAGGACUGUCGCUGCAUGCCUGCUGUGUGCGUCUUCUGCAUGGGGCCAUGCCUAGGAAGCUGUGUCUACUCUAUGGGAAAAUUUUAAGGUUCUAUGUAAUAGUUUUUGCCUUAAAUGCUACUUUUAUAAUCAAACUCUCAUAAGAUUUUUGGAUCCUGGACCCUUGCUGAAAUAGUUGUUAGCCCUGAAAGUGUUUUGUAGAUUCUCCAUGAUUUGCUAUAAACAAAAUUGUGUCUUCUGCAAAUAGUUUCACUUCUUCCUUUUGAUCUGAUGUCUGUUUCCUCUCUCUCCUGCCCCCUUUUCUGGCUGAAACCCUGGGUCCCCUGUUGAGUAGCGGGAGUAGGAGUGGGCGUCUUGUCUUGCUCCUGGUCCCAGGAAAGCCGGUCAGCCUCAUACCACAUGCUGAUACCAGCUACAUAAAUGUGCCUUACUGGGCUGAGGAUGUUCCCUUCUGUUGCCAAGUGUUUUCAUCAGGAGGGUGGCGGGUUCUGGGAUGUGGGGUCAUUACUUAGAACAACGUUUGUGUGUUGAACAAACCUUGACUUCCCACCUGCUCAUGGCAUCUGAUAUUUUUACACAGAGUUGCUGGAUUUGGUUUCGGUUCAUUUUGCUCUCUCUGUCUGCAGGAAGUGUUUCUGGGAACUCCCCUUGUGUUAGCUCUGUCUGGCUUUGCUGUCUGGGUAAAAACUGCCUCACAGGAUGGGCUUGGAAAGUGUCUGAGGAGAUGGUGCAUCUUUGCUUUUGUAAAUUCCUUGUUACCUCUAACAGCAUACACCUACAAGCUUUUUUUCUAGCUAAAAGCUUUUUCUUUUCAUUGUGGAGGACUAACCUAGCAGAUGAAUGGACUAGGGAGCAAUCUGUUCUGCAUCACCAGAAGUGUCAGGAGUGAGGAAACAUGACUGCAGCCUUCUCUCUGCCAGCUCCAGUCACCUCCCUCUGGUGCCAUCCAAUCAAAGAGCCAGAAGAUUUGCAACAAUGUGAAAACCAGUAAAAAGGACCUGUGUAGUCCUGCUGUAGUCCAGUACAUAGCAGAUCUGCUCAGCUGACGGCAACAAGCACCAGCUUCUCACUGGUCUCAACCCCUGCACAUGUGUCCACCUUCUGCCUUCACUCAGGCCUCGCUCCUUGUCUCUGCCUGUGUCUGCUUGGAAGAAGCAGACCCUCCAGGCUGGAGGACAGUGUUUCCCACAGAGCCAGUGGUGGCUGCUCACAGACGUGGCCCUGCCUCUCAGGGUUCUAGAGGGAAGUGGCAGCCUACGACAGAAAACUGCAGUUCCAGGGGUGGCACUGGGUCUGCACCCACAUACCCUUGCAGCCACCUCCUCAGUCUGCAUUUGAUAAAGGGGCCCCACUGUGAAGUCACUCCCCAGAGCACCAUCCUCGAUACAGCCAUGUGGGUUGCAUGCCAGGCAAAGGCUGGGGACUCUCCAGUUGCCUUUUCUGUCCUCUCCCUUCGUAGAGUGGUGAAGAACAGAGAUGUGGUCGGUGUGGUUCUUCCUUGUGCCACCGACAUCAUACCUGACUGCACAGUCAGGUCAGACAGGUUUACCUGAGGAUGGUAGGUCCCCAAGGAAAUGCUCUUGUUCCCCAUUUAAAUAUGGCACAGUAAAAAAGACAAAAUCUUUUUUGAGAGAGACACCAUAAUUGCUUGGGUUUUUGCGUGGGAUUUUAUUUUUAUUUGAUAAUCAUUUGAGAAACUUGCACAGAUGAAGGCAUGUAGUUUUUCUGUUAUCUAACUAUGUAGACAUUUCUAAAUUCAUUUAAGAAUUUUUUUAUUAUGGUAAAAUAUACAUAACUUAAAAUUUAUCAUCCUAACCACUUUUUUUUUCUUCCUUGAGACAGAGUCUCACUCUGCUGCUCUGGGGAGAGUACCGUGGUGUCAUCGUAGUUCACAGCAGUCUCAAACUCUUGGCCUCAAGUGAUCCUCCUGCCUCAGCUCCCCAAGUAGCUGGGACUACAGGCAUCUGCCACGUGCCCACCUAAUUUUUCCAUUUUUAGUAGAAUUGGGGUCUCACUCUUGCUCAGGCUGGUCUUGAACUCCUGAGCUCAACAUUCCCACCCGUCUUGAUCUCCUAGAGUGUUAGGAUUACAGGUAUGAGCCACUGCACCUGGCCUGUCAGAACCAUUUUCAGGUGUGUAACUUAGUGUCACCUUUACAUUGUCAUAGAGCCAUCUCUAUUAUCUACCCACAGAACUCUUUUUAUCUUACAAAACGGAAACUGUUCCCAUUAACGCCAAGUCUCUGUUCCCCUUCCUCAGCCCAUCCUACUUUCUGUCUCUGUAAAUUUGACUCCUGCAAGGACCCUCGAAUGAGUGGAACCAGAGGAGAUUUGUUUUGUGUGUGUGACUUACUUCACUGAGCAUGUUCUCAGAGUUCUUACACAUUAUAGCAUGUGUCAGAAUUUUUCAGACUGAAUAAUAUUGUGGAUGUACCACAUUUUGCUUAUCUAUUCAUUUGUGGAUGGACACCUGGGUUGCUUCCAAACUCUGGGCUAUUGAGAAUAAUGCUGCUGUGAACAUGGGGUACAAAUUUCUCUUAAAGAAAGACCACUUUCUAUUCUUUGGGGUAUAUAUCCAGAAGUAGAAUUGGUAGAUCAUAUGAUGUUUUUUAUUUUGGGGGACCCACCACACUACUUCCCGCUAAAGCUGCACCCUCUUACGUUCCCACCAGCCGUGCCUGGGUCCUCUGGAUUCUUCUCCGUAACAGUCGUCCUCGUGGGUGUGAGUGGUGUCUCCUUAAUGCCUAGGGACGCGGAGCAUCUUUUUACGUGCUUGUUGGCCAUCUGUAGGACUUCUUCAGAGAAAUGUUUAUUUAAGCACUUUGCCCAUGUUUUGGUCAGGUUGUAUGGGUUUUUGUUUUUGAGUUAUAGGAGUUUUUAUGUGCUCUGGGUAUUAAUCCUUAUUAAGUAAACCAUUUGUGAAUUAUUUUCUUCUUUUCUGUGGGUUGCUUUUCACUCUGUUUAUUGUGUCCUUUGAUAACACAGAAGUUUUUCUCUUUCUUUGUUGCCUGUGCGUUUGGUGUCAUAUAUAAACAAUCACUGCCAGAUCCAAUGUUGUGAAGAUUUUCCCCUGUUUUCUUCUAAAUGUUUUGCACUUCCAGCUCUUUGUUUUGGUCUUUGAUUCAUUUUGAGUUUCCCUCGUGGGCACAUGGUGUCCAGUUGUCUGGCGCCACUUUUCUUGAAGAGAUUAUCCUUUUCCCAGUGAAUGUUGUUGGCAUCCUUGUUGAAAAUCGAUUGUAUGUGCCAGGGGUUAUUCUGGGCUCUGUAUUCUGUCUGUUGAUCUGUCCUUGUGCCUGAAGCCACCCUGUUUUGUUUUGUAUAACUCUGUACUAAGUUUUGUGAGAAAAAAACAAAAACGUGAGACCUCCAGCUUUGUUCCCUUUUAAGAUGCCACAUGAAUUUCAGGAUAGAUUUUUCUAUUUCUGCAAAAAGUGCUACUGGAUUUUGAUAGUGGUUGCACUGAAUCUAUAGACCGCUUUGGGGAGCAUGGAUAUCUUGACAAUAUUAAGUCUUCCAGUUUAUAAACAUGAGGUGGCUUUUCAUUUUUUUUGUGUUGUUUUUAAUUUCUUUCAGCAGUGUUUUAUAGUUUUCAGAGUACAGGUCUUUCACCUCUUGGGUUAAGUUUAGUAUUUCAGUCUUUUUGUUACUGUUGUAAAUGAGAUUUUCUUAAUUUCCCCUUUGAAUUGUUGUUAGAGUAUACAAAUGUCCUAGAUUUUUGUGUAAAUUAUGUAUCCUGCAUCACUGACUGUAUUAGUUCAGUUUUGUGUGUGUGUGAACUCUCUAGGGUUUUCUGCAUAUAUGAUCAUGCAAACCAAGGUAUUUUGCUCCUUCCUUUCCCAAUUUGGGUGCCUUUUCUUUCUUUCUUGCCUAGGAUUUCUGGUAGUAUGUUGAAUAGAAAUGGAAGCGUGAGUGUCCUUUUCUUUCUCCUGAUCUUAGAAUAAAAGCUUUCACUCUUUCACUAUUGAGAAUGAUGUUUACAGUGGGCUUUUUGUAUAGUCUCUGUUUAUGUUGGGGGAGUUUUCUUCUGUUCCUAAUUUGUUGAGAGUUUUUAUCGUGAGAGGGUGUGAUAUUUGAUCACUUUUUUUUUUUCCUCACUUUGUCACCCUCGGUAGAGUGCCGUGACGUCACACAGCUCACAGCAACCUCCAACUCCUGGGCUUAGGCGAUUCUCUUGUCUCAGCCUCCCGAGCAGCUGAGACUACAGGCGCCCGCCACAAUGCCCAGCAAUUUUUUUGUUGCAGUUUGGCCGGGGCCGGGUUUAAACCUGCCACCCUUGGUAUAUGGGGCCGGCGCCCUACUCACUGAGCCACAGGUACCACCUGAUCAGACACUUUUUUUGGUUAUCAGUUGAGAUGAUCAUAUGAUUUUUUUCCUUUAUUUUGUUUUAUCAAUUUGUACAUGUUGAAUUAUCCUUGCAUCCCAGGGAUAAAUUUCACUUGGCCAUGAAUUAUAAUCCUUUCAGUGUGCUAUGGAAUACUGUUUGCUACUAUUUUGUUGACCAUUGAUAUAAAAAUCUUCAGGAAUACUGGUGUGUGGUUUUCUUUCCUUGUAGUGGUCUCUUUGUCUGGUUUUGGUAUCAGAAUAACACUGGCCUCAUGGAAUAAAUAUGGAAAUGUUCUGAAGUUUUUUGGAAAAGUUUAAGAAAGAUGAGUUUAAUUGUUCUUUAAAUUUUGGUAGAAUUCUCCAGCAAAGCCAUCUGGUUCUGGGCUUUUCUUUGUAGGGAGGAUUUUCAUUACUGGUUCAGUUUCCUUACUGCUAGCUAUAGGUCUGUUCAGAUUUUCUAUUUAUUCAUCAUCUAAUCUGGGUGUUUCUGUACCUAAGGAUUUGUCCAGUUUUUUUACAGUUGUUCAUAGUUCUCUCAUCUUUUUUUGUUUCUGUAAAAUUGCUUGUAGUGUCCUCUUCUGAUUUUAGUUAUUUGCAUCUUCUCCCUUUUUUUCUCAGUCUAGCCAGAGUUUGUCAACUUUGUUGAUCUUUCCAACAAAUCUUGGUUUCAUUUAUUUUUUCUCUAUUGCUUUUCUAUUCUCAGUUUUGUUUCUGCUAUAAUCUUUAUUAUUUAUUCUGCUUGCUUUAGGUUGUCAGCUUUUCCUUUUCCAGUUGUUUAGUAAAUUUAGGCUGUUAAUUUGAGAUGUUUAAAAAUUGUAUUUAUAUCUAUAAAUUUCCCUCUUUUUUUUUUUUUGAGACAGAGUCUCACUAUGUCGCCCUUGGUAGAGUGCCGUGGCAUCACAUCUGACAGCAACCUCAAAUUCUUGGGCUUAAGUCAUUCUCUUGCCUCAGCCUCCCAAGUAGCUGGGACUACAGGCACCUGCCACAACGCCUGGCUAUUUUUUUUUUUUUGGUUGCAGUUGUUUAGCUGGCCUGGGCUGGGUUCGAACCCGCCACCCUUGGUAUAUGUGGCUGAUGCCACAACCACUGUGCUAUGGGUGCUGAACCUAUAAAUUUCCCUCUUACCACCACUUUUGCUGCAUCCCAUAAUUUUUUGCAUGUUAUGUUUUCAUUUUCAUUUAUCUCAAGAUAUUUUCUCAUUUCCUUUGUGAUUUCCUAUUUGACCCAUUGGUGAAAAGUGUUAAUUUUCACACAUUUGUAUACUUUUCAGUUUUUCUUCUACUGACUUCUAGUUUUAUCCCACUAUAACCUGAAAAGAUACUCAUUAUUCCAGGCUUUGCAAAUGUACUGAGACUUGUUUUGUGGCCUAAUAUAUUAUCUUUUAAAAAAGAAGUUCAUUUGUACUUCAGAAAAACGUGUGCUUCUGUCACUAGAGAGAGCUCAGGGCUCUGUCAUGCCUCAGGUGCGGCUGGCGUGGGCAGCUGAUGCCUGAUCCAUUUUCUGUCCACAGUUGGAGGUGAGGCAUUGAAGUCCCUGCCAGUUGCUGUGGAACUGUUUAGUGCAUAUAUGUAUCUUCCUGGUGAAUUUUCAGCUUUGUUUAUUUAAACAACAUGAAGAUGAAAUUAUAAGAUGUCUGGGAGUUACUUCAACAUAAUUCACUGGGCUGAGGGUGGGUGGUGACCAAAGAUUAAACAAGAUUGGCCAAGAUAUAAUAAUUACUGAAGCUGGAAGGUUAGGUGCACAUAAGAGUUUAUACUAAGAUGUAGCACACUCUUUAUGUAAAGGGUACAUGGUGAAUGGCUUCCCAGCCAGGAGGUCUUUCUUGCACCCAUCAGCUUUGCUGUAGUCACGUGAGGCAGCCAUAGGUCACCCAUGUGUUCUAGUCAGUUUUUAGGGACACUGAACUUUGAAUUUUAUAUACUUUUAAUAUGUCAUGAAAUAUUCUUUUAUAUUUUUUCGCCAUUUAGAAUAUAAAACUUAGUCUUACCUUGCAGACUGUGCAGAAACAGGUGGGCUAAAUUUGGCCAAUAGGUUCUAGUCUGCCAAACCUAAUUUGUACUUUUGCUCCUUUUUUUGUAUAUAUUGACAUUUUCCAGUUGAAAGUUAUAUAAUAUUAAUUUUUUAUACUUCUGUGCUUUUGGAUUGCAAAAGUAAUGUAUGUUCAUUGUAGAAAGUAUUUUUAAAAAACCAAAACAUAAAAAAAAUUAAAGUGUUACCUGUAAUUCUACUUCAAGAUAAUUACUAAUAUUCUCAUAUACCUUUCCCAUACAUUCUCUUACAUUGCUUUUUGAAGAUAGAUAACAUGCUCCCAAUAUAAAGUCAGAGAAACAGUUAAAUAUUAGAAUGCCUCUGCCCCCAAACCCAAAGCACUGUGAGUCACCCUAGGAAGGCAGUGGGAGGGAGGGGCUGCUUCGCCCGCCUUCCCUGGGAAGCUGGUUUCCUUCUGCCUGUUGAGCUUUGGAGAUUUCUCACAGGGUGAGAUUUCAGGUCACCUUUUUCUGUUCUACAACAUCAGUUCUGAUAUCUUCAAGGAGAACAUAAGAAG